UCUUCUCCACACACACAUGCGCCUCUCUCUGCGGCUUAAUGACGAUGCUUCUGAAGAGGUGACCACCGCCGGACCCCGAAGCACAUUUCCCCGGCAAUGGCAAACAAAUAAACCCGGCCUGAACCAGCUGCUGCAUAUCCGAAAACAUGGCGAGGAGGAGGUGGUGAGAGCUCAAGACAGAAGCUUUCCUUGGACGGAGGCGAGCACACGUCGCUCCCUUGUCUCGUAAGAGGAUAAAGAAAAAGGGAAAGCGAGCUAUAUAAAGGCGGACUGUUUGUACUAUCCACCGGCCACACCAUGAGCGGAGGGCCGGAUGAGAGCUCGGUGCGCGUCGCCCUGAGGAUCCGUCCUCAGUUGGCCAAAGAGAAGAUCGAGGGCUGCCACAUCUGUACCUACGUGAUGCCCGGCGAGCCGCAGGUUUUUCUGGGUAAGGACAAGGCCUUCACCUACGACCACGUGAUGGACAUGGACUCCCAUCAGGAAAGCAUCUACACCAACUGCACCGAGAGUCUCAUCGAGGGCUGCUUUGAGGGCUACAACGCCACCAUCUUUGCAUACGGACAGACAGGGUCGGGGAAGACGUACACCAUGGGAACCGGCUUCGACGUCAACAUCGGAGAGGACGAGCUGGGUAUCAUUCCCCGCGCCGUCAACCACCUGUUCAGAGGCAUCGAGGAGCGCAGACAGACUGCCACCGAGCAGGGCCGGCCUGUUCCCGAGUUCAAGAUCAACGCACAGUUCCUGGAGUUAUACAACGAGGAGGUGCUCGACUUGUUCGACUCGACGCGAGACAUCGAGGCCAGGAAGAUGCGAUCCACCAUCAAAAUCCACGAGGACGCCAGCGGAGGCAUCUACACCGUGGGGGUCACCACCCGCACCGUCGCCACUGCAGAGGAGAUGAUGCAGUGUCUGAAGCUGGGCGCUCUGUCUCGUACCACCGCCAGCACUCAGAUGAACUCCUCGAGUUCGCGCUCUCACGCCAUCUUCACCAUCCACCUGUGCCAAGUUCGGGUCUGCUCUCCUGACAACGACGAUAAUGAAACAGACAACCGUCUAGCCGGCGACUCGGAGAUCAAUGAGUUUGAGACGCUGUCGGCGAAGUUCCACUUUGUGGACCUGGCAGGUUCUGAGAGACUGAAGAGAACUGGAGCCACAGGAGACAGAGCGAAAGAGGGCAUCUCCAUCAACUGUGGGCUGCUUGCUUUGGGAAACGUCAUCAGUGCUCUGGGAGACAGGAGUAAGCGCUCCACCCACGUGCCGUACAGAGACUCCAAACUGACCCGGCUGUUACAGGACUCACUAGGAGGAAACAGUCAAACAGUGAUGAUCGCCUGUAUCAGCCCGUCCGAUCGGGAUUUCAUGGAGACCUUAAACACUCUGAAGUACGCCAACAGAGCCAGAAACAUCAAGAACAAAGUGAUAGUGAACCAGGACAAAGCCAGCCAGCAGAUCAGCACCCUGAGGACGGAGAUAGCCCGGCUGCAGAUGGAGCUGAUGGAGUACAGGACGGGGAAGCGUAUGGUGGGUGAAGAUGGCAUAGAGGGCGUCAACGACUUGGUCCACGAGAACUCCAUGCUGCAAACGGAGAACAACAACCUGAGGGUGAGAGUGAAGGCCAUGCAGGAGACCAUCGACGCCCAGAGAGCCAGACUCACUCACAUCCUCAGUGACCAGGCCAACCAGGUCCUGGCUCGAGCAGGUGAAGGCAGUGAAGAGAUUGCGAACAUGAUUGAAAACUACAUUAAAGAAAUCGAGGAGCUCAGAGCAAAACUCCUUGAAAGCGAGGCAGUGAACGAGAACCUCAGGAAGAGUCUUGCUCGGGCCUCCACGCGCUCCUCGCUGUACACCGGCCCCGCCAGCUCCUUCUCCACCGAGAAGGAGGCCAGCGACGUCAUCGAGAUGGCCAAGAAAAGCCUGGAGAGACUCAAGAAGAAGGAGAAGAAGAAGAAGAAGAGACUGAGGCGAUGUGAGGAGAAUCACCAGCAAGCGGUUGAACACACCAGUGUCAUCAAAGAGGAAGUGCCGGACAACGACCACGAGCGAGGAAACGACGAGGCAGAGGAGGGCAGUGACCAUGAAGAAGGUGAGGAUCCAGAUGGAGAAGAGGAUGACUUUGACAUGGCGGGAGAAGAAACGUCUGACGAGUCUGACUCCGAAGACCAGGAGGAGAAAGAAAACGUCCAGGCAGACCUGGCCAACAUCACCUGCGAGAUCGCCAUCAAGCAGAAGCUGAUCGACGAGCUGGAGAACAGCCAGCGGCGUCUGCACACUCUCAAGCAGCAGUACGAACAGAAGCUGACGAUGCUGCAGAACAAGAUCAUCGACACACAGCUGGAGAGGGACAAGGUGCUGCAUAACAUGGGUUCAGUGGGGUCGGGAACGGAUGAGAAAGCCAAGAAGAUAAAAACGGAGUACGAGAAGAAGCUGAGCUCCAUGAACAAGGAGCUGCAGAAGCUGCAGUCGGCUCAGAAGGAGCACGCCCGCCUGCUGAAGAACCAGACGCAGUACGAGAGGCAGCUCAGGAAGCUCCAGCUGGAUGUGACCGAGAUGAAGAAGACCAAGGUGGUGCUGAUGCGUCAGAUGAAGGAGCAGCAGGAAAGAAACAGAGCCACGGAGUGCAAGAGGAACAGGGAGAUCGCCUCUCUGAAGAAAGACCACCGCAGAGCCGAGCACCAACUGAAGCAGAUGGAAACCCAUAAAAGACAACAGGAGAUGAUUCUUCGCAGAAAGAACGAAGAGGUGACAGCUCUCAGGCGGCAGGUGAGGCCCCUGUCUGGGAAAGUGAGUCGAAAGGUGACACCUGAACCUCUGCAGGAGCCUCAUAGAGCGUCCCCAGGAAGGAUGCUUACAUCUGGAGCGUCCCAAGCAAAUGGAGCAAGGAGCUCCCCAGCGCGGAUGGGGAGUAUCUACCUCAACAGGACGGCCAGGACCAAAUGGCAGUCACUGGAGAGACGAGUCACUGACAUCAUCAUGCAGAGGAUGACCAUCUCUAACAUGGAGAGUGAAAUGAACAGACUGCUGAAGCAACGGGAGGAGCUCACCAGGCGGCGGGAGCGAGUGUCCAGAAAAAGAGAAAAGAUUGCGGUGGAUGGUGCAGACGCCGACCGCUCCCUGGCCUCUCUGAACGAGGAGCUGGAGUCUCUGAGCGCCAACAUCGACUACAUCAACGACAGCAUCGCAGAAUGCCAGGCCAACAUCAUGCAGAUGGAGGAGGACAAGGAGGAAGGAGACACAGGGGAUGUGGUCGCUGUGAUCAGCUCCUGUAAUUUAUCAGAGUCCCGCUUCCUUCUGGAUCAUUUCAUGACCAUGGCCAUCAAUAAGGGUCUGCAGGCGGCUCAAAAGGACUCCCAGCUGAAGGUGAUGGAGGGCAGGUUGAAGCAGACAGAGAUCAACAGCGCCACCCAGAACCAGCUGCUGUUCCACAUGUUGAAGGAGAAGGCGGAGAUCAACCCGGAGCUGGACGCCCUGCUGGGCAGCGCUCUGCAAGAGUUAGGUUACCUGUCAUCUGAGAACGGAGAUGACAGCAGUAGUGACGAGUCAACCCAGAGCCAAGCUGCAGAGGGCAGCACACUGGCAUCGGAUCUAUUGAAGUUAUGUGGUGAAUCCAGACCCAGAGGCAAGGCUCGCAGACGGACCACCACCCAGAUGGAGCUGCUGUACGCCGGCAGCGGGGACUGUGACUCCCCCACCGGAGACUUCCCCCUGCUGCCCCUCUCAGAGCCCCUGGAAGGGUCUGCGGACAUGCAGGGUCACGCUCUCAGUCAAACCCCUGACUGCGAGCAAGCUGUUCCUUCAUCUGCACCGUCGGCCCGACCAGCUGGCAUUUCUGGAGCCAGGUCACCUACAGGGACAGAGAGGAGGCCGGUGGAGCGUUCGCCCCUCAGCCGGAGGAAGGGGCAAGAGAAGGGCGCCACGGCAACGCACAUCCCAGGACCCAUACACACACAUCCGCCUAGCACAGCAGAGGCUAAAACUAAAGGCAGUGACCACAAAGCACUGUUGGAGGACUCACCUGUAUAUGAAGGCCAUAGAGGUGUGAUAAACCCUGUGACGGCCCAGAAGAACAGCCGCGGGGCCAAACUGCAGUGUGUGUACGUAGCAGAGGGCCACACCAAACCUGUUCUCUGUGUAGACGCCACAGAUGAUCUGCUCUUUACAGGAUCCAAAGACCGUACGUGUAAAGUGUGGAACUUGGUGACGGGUCAGGAGAUCAUGUCUCUCGCAGAUCAUCCCAGCAGCGUCGUCUCAGUCAGGUACACUUCUAGUCUCGUCUUCACUGUAUCCACUGCUUACAUAAAGGUGUGGGAUAUACGAGACUCCGCCAAGUGUAUCCGAACAUUGACGUCAUCAGGACAGGUGGGUUCAGGAGACAUCUGUUCGUCCGUCAGGAAUUUAUCCAUCCCACCAGGAGAGAGUCAGAUCAACCAGAUCGCUCUCAACCCUUCAGGCACCUUCCUUUAUGCCGCCGCUGGCAACGCUGUGCGCAUGUGGGACCUCCGAAAGUUUGCGUCCACAGGGAAGCUGACUGGCCAUCUGGGACCUGUCAUGUGUCUGACUGUCGACAAAUUAGGCAACGGACAGGAUGUGGUCCUCACUGGAUCCAAAGACCAUCAUAUUAAAAUGUUUGAGGUGGCAGAAGGCGCUCAGGGCAGCAUCAGCUCCAGCCAAUCGUUCGAUCCCGCUCAUCAGGACGGGGUGGAGUCUAUCGUGGUGCACGGGGACGUUUUCUACAGCGGCUCCAGAGAUUUCUACAUCAAGAAGUGGGACUUAGCCAGUAAACGGCUGCUACAGCAGUCAGUCAGUGCGCAGGCAGACUGGGUCAGCGCUCUGGGCAUGGUGCCAGGCUCUCCGGUGCUCCUCAGCGGAUGCAGAGGAGGGCUGCUGCGCCUCUGGCACGCCGACUCACUCGCGCCCCUCGGCGAGGUCCGGGGACACGACAGUCCCAUCAACGGCCUGGCCACAAACAGCAGCCAACUGUUCACUGCCUCAGAUGAUCGCACAGUAAAGAUUUGGGAAGCCAAAGGAUCUCUGGAGGAAGGAGUCCACUGACCCCUGCUUCCAAAUCAUCACAGAACGUACCUGAAAUCAAGGAUUAUCUGCAGGCCUUUAUCCAAUCAAAAUGAAUCCUUUGUGAAGCAGCUACACCACCCAUGACUUGAUGAAGUGUUGGAAAAGGAACCCAAAAUACUAAUAAUUCCCGAAAGUGUGAAAAAAACAACAGUGGUAUUUCAGUGAUGCCCCACAGGGAACAGUAUCAGGGAAGUCUAAUUAGAUAUGACGGCUCUCAGUCUUAAAAGCUGAGUGUAUCUACUGAUAUUUUAGGUCAAGACAAAUCACAGGGGAGCCCCUCUAAAACUCCAAGGACUACAGAACAGCUGAGACGGACAGCAUCUUUCAUAGCUGCAACAAAACAACACAAUUAAUAUCGACUUUUGUGUCAAUCGAUCCAGGAGUCGCUCCUGUGCUUUCAACAUUCCUCUUCUCCGUUCAGCGCUAGACAACAUGGAUACCUUCUAAGCAUAUUUCACUGUAGCUGGAAAGA